AUGUUCCGCCGUCCGGGUGCUGGGCGCUCUAAGGCUUCAGCAGACACUCUCUGUCAGAAGUGCCUGAAGAGAGGACAUUACAGCUACGAGUGCAAAGCAUCCGCCCAAGAACGCCCAUACAAAUCUCGGCCUUCCAGGACACAACAACUACUCAACCCCAAGCUGAAGCCUAAGCUCACCACCGAGGUACCCGAAGAUCUGCUGCGCAAGAAGGGCGUCGCAGAUGAGAUCCUGAAGAAGAAAGAAGAGGAUCGCAAGCGCGCGCGGUCGCUCUCUACAUCGUCUGCCGACUCCGUCUCCACCAUAUCAACAACCCGCUCCCGCUCCCGCUCACGAUCUCCGCCACGACGAAAGCACGAUGGUCCAAGACACCGAGCGGACGACGACAAGGGGCUACGUAAGCGUAGCAGGCGAUCCGUAUCCAUGGACUCGCGCUCGUCACGCGCAUCGGAUGUAGCAGACAGGAACACAAGGCGGCGCAUGAGCUCUUUCAGCCCUGGCGAGCGAGGGCGCCGAAGAACCAGGUCAAAGUCGAGGUCAAGGUCAGCGCGCAUGCAGACAUCACACGAACAUGGUAGAGGAGGAGUGUCGCGAAGCAUGAGUAGCAGUGUCAGGCCACAGAGCAAGAGCGCAAGAAGAGAUAGGAGGCGACCAGUUCGUCGGUACUCCGUCUCAAGAUCACGGUCGAGAAGCGCCGAUCCCAUGGAUACGUCGGACGAGCGUCAUCCACCGAAUGAAGCAUCAAGAGGCAAAGUAGGCGCCUCAUACUCUGGAAAUCGUGAACCCUCGAGGCCACUCUCACCAUACCACAGCAGUCGCGAUCGCAGUCCUAGUCCGUACUCGAAGCGCAAAGCCUCACGCCGAUCGCGCAGUCCACACGAAGCGGGGAACGGAGGACGAGUCCGUGAUAGUCCGCAUCGACCGACAAGAAAUCGCUUUGACGACCGACCGCCUGUGUCAAAUGGCAGAGCUGCGCCGCCGCCAGCACAAGCACCACCGCCUGUUCAGAGAGAGCGUAGCUUGAGUCCGUAUAGCAAGCGUUUGGCCUUGACGAAAGCUAUGCAAUCAGGGUAG